UUUUAAAUGGAUUCAGACUCCGGUGGUGCAUUUUAAGUGGUUAACCUACCGGUUGCCAUCAGAAAGCUAUUUCCACUUUUUAACACUACUUUCCUUCGCAAAGAAGGCGAAAAUGAGAAGCGAGGGUUGAAUCAGAGCUGACUUACUUGAAUUAACCACGGAGAAGGAGAAGCAACUUACUUCUGCCUUAUAAUAAAGACAAUCAUUUUGAAAUGAUGGAUAUUGUUAGUUCAAUUGUUGAUCAUGACAUGAUCAGUAACAUCCCACAAAAUGUCACCGAAAACAUCCUUGCACGUUUGCCCCUGCAAGAGGCAGUAAGAACGAGUUUAUUGUCAAAGAAUUGGAGGCAUAAGUGGAAAACUGUUCCACUUGUAUUUGACAACACGUUCGAGAAUCACUUCAAAGCACAACCUCCAGCAAAGAACGAGCUUCUAUUGAUUAUAUUUCAGGUUCUUCUACUUUGUCGAUGCCCAGUAAUUAAGUUCACUCUCUCCAUUUCUGGAAUGGAAAGCUGUCCUGAGAUUGAUCAUAUGUUAGAUUUCCUGACAAGGAAUGGCAUCCAGGAACUGACCCUUUGCAUUAAAAAGGGUAAACCUCAUACAAUUCCCCAAUGUAUUUUUUCAUGUAAAACAUUGCGGCAUAUGCAUUUAUCUUCUUGUUCAUUCAAGCUUCCUGUUGCAUUCGAUGGACUUAACGAGCUCAUCAGUGCUAGUUUCAACGAUGUUUGCUUCAACACCAAUGCUGCUGUUGAAAAUUUAUUAUUGAAAUGCCCAUUAUUGGAAAGAUUAGAACUAACGAACUGCCAGAAUGUGGAUCACCUUGACAUAUCUGCUCCUAAUCUAAAGUUCUUAUCCAUCAGUCUGCUAUUCAAGUCUAUCUGUUUCAAAGAUACUCCACUUCUUACAAAAGCUGUAAUUCGAGGGUGGAAAGGCAUUUAUCCAGAGGUCAAGGAAGCCAGCGGAAUCGAUAUGGUUGAGGUUUUCAGUUGUCUGCCUAGUAUAGAGCAUCUCCAAAUAAGUUUUUAUUUUUUGAUGAUUUUGGCUGCAAGGAAUUUACCAGAGAGGCUUCCUGCACCUUUGAAUAGCCUAAAAACUCUUGAAAUUGUUUCAUUGUGUUUUGGUGAGCUGAAGGAGGUUUCAUGUACUCUCUGCUUGAUUAGAAGUUCUCCUUUCCUGCAGAAACUUAAGAUUUAUGUUUUUAAUGAGCAAAAUGAAGACAGCAUGGAUGUUGUAGAACUUUUAGAAGUGCAAAAGCAUUCAAAUAUUUUGCAGCAUCAACUUCAGGAGGUGGAGAUGAAAGCUUUUGUAGGAACAAAACCCCAGAUGGAGUUUGUGAAGUUUCUGCUAUCCAAAUCACCCUUGUUACAGAGAAUGCAUAUUCACCCUUGUAAUACUAUGAACAUCGCUGAAGAAGUAAGGAUUUUGAAAGAGAUUACUCGAUAUCGAAGGGCAUCAACAGAAGCUGAAAUCAUAUUCUCUAACCAAAAUCAGAAGAAUGCUUAAUCAGCAUGUUUGCGAGUACCUCUAGGUAGAAGAAGAUGAUAUUUAAUGAACUUGAUUAGAAUUUUUCUAUGAAGCAGAUGGUACAAGGCACUUUCGAAUGUGAAUUAAGUUUGUGUUAUUACUUUAAUUACCUUUCUGAAUAUCAAAAAGUAAUUUUAUUUUAAA